GAAUGAUGGUGCAUCCAGAAAUAGAACACUUAAUCGCGGGAAAAUUAAAUUCUAGUUUAAAGUUCAAUCUCGAGGUGAUCCAUAAUCAAAUCACAGACACGUGCCGUCACAGUUUGUAGCUUUGUUUUGGUGAUCAUAUAAACAGAUUACCUCUGGGAAAUGUAUCAUUUUUGGGACAGCUUUUCUGAAACGCACCGGUCAACUGGAGAUAUGUCGAUCGUAUUGAUAGUUUUCGCAGUUUUCAUCAGCAACUUCGGUAACUGUGCACGCGUAAAAGAAUAUUUUCAAGAGAAAGCAGCUACAUGUGUCGUACCUUAUGCCAAUAAAUUUGUGGUGCAGUUCCCAACACCAACAUUGAACUUUACAACAUCCAACAACAUUAUCAAACUGUACGGAAAUUUCACAGUAACAGAAGUUAUACAGGAGCCACUGGAGAUGAUCGUAGUGUCAAAUCGAUGCACCCUGGAUAUGAAAACCUGUGAGCAGUUUAAUAAAAGAGUAUUGACGGACAUCUGCCAUUAUAUCAACGACGGAAAAGGACUUUGGGCGCAAUUUUUCAGAAGAAUCGAGCCUGAGUUCAACUGCCCGGUGGAGCCUGGAUUAUACACGUUCAAAAACACAGCCCUAGAUCUUUCUUUCUUAACCAACUUACCACUGGAAGGCUAUCGCUGGCAAACAACGAUCAAGUUGAACUCCAGAACCAAACCGAAACGGGAACUGUACUGUCUUUUAUCGCUGAGUACCAAUCGCUGGGUGAGAAAGCCGUCGAGGUGAAGUGGAAUCCGAUUUGUACACUACAACUGACUUUGAAACCGGAAGAUCAACAUAAGACUAUCGGCAUCAGGCUGCUCCCGAAACAUGUGUAGAACUUAGUCUAGAUAUUAGGAUAAUUAGACAAUUGAGUCAUUGAAGAAAAAUUAAAACUAUGUUAUUAUAUCUGGUGUUGGAAAAUUUUAAUUAGCUGUUACGUCCAACUAUUAGGGAACCGAUAAAAUGUAUGAUGAAUAUCUAUUAUCAAUGUUUAAGAACAGAGGUAUCCAGCGAACAUUAAAUGCAUCUGUUCGAAUUCCGAUCGAAAUUCUAAUGCUUCAAUUUGAAUUAUUUGAACCAUAACUUAUGCAUUUAUUAUUUUAAAUUGGAAAAGCUGUUUUCACAUAACUCGAUUUUUUUAUUAUAAAUUCUAAAUAAAAGGGGAUUUUCGGGUGGACACUAAA